AAAUGGAAUUCUUUUGGUUGAUUUAGAUUCGUUAAGUAAAAGAGAUGUAGAAUCAUUACGACUAGUAAUGAGUAAAAGUUCAAACUUGACGAUGCAAAAUCGACAUCAUAAAUUAAACAUUGAUGGAGAUGAAACCAUUUUCUAUAAUAAUAAUGGUCCAAUUAGAUCAAUUAUUGAUACAUUUGAUCUUAUAGUUCAUUUGAAAGAAACCAUAGAUUCUAAAGCUGAUGGUUUUUUGUUAGAUCAUUUACUUGAUAAUGUAAUUCUGUCGCUGCCAAAGAAACAACAACACAAAUCAUCCAAAUUUAGUUUAUCAUUUGAUGAAUUGAAGAAGUUAUGUCUUCGCAGUGUCGGAAGUAUUGAUGACGCAUUAGUUAGCAUAUUAAUAGUUGAGGAAACUUUGGUAUCAAAAUAUGGAAAUUCCGCUUCUAUCCUUGGUUUUAUUUCCCUUUCAGACGAUCAAGAAAAUUUACAUAAAUUAUAUGCUUCAAAUUCAACGGAAUUUAUGAAGGAGGAUAUUUAUAACUUGAGACGACGAGAACGAAGAGUACCAGUGGUUUUAAAUAAUAAAACCCUUGAUACCGAAGAAUACAUAUCACUUUACGAAUCUGUCAAUAAUAUGAAAGAUACAUGA